UCGCGAUUGGAAGGAUUUAUCGGAAAAGUGAAACGACCUGUUUUAUGAUCUGUUCUAUCUUUAAACCAAUAACCACCAGAAGCAGUGGGUCUUGGCGGUUGGAAAUAAGUAUAACGUAUGAGUGGACCUUGAAAGAGCAAUCGAUACGCAUCGGUACGCAUAGGCGUUUUGUCGCGGAGUGAUCGUUUGGUGAUCGAAUUACAAAACAAGAUCAAAGAUGUUACGCCAAUUCACAACUAUCCUAUUGCUAACAUUUCACCUCACAUCAAGUGACUCGCCAUUCGAAAACAUCUUCGACACCUUCAGUUACCUGUAUCUGUACCGGAACGUAUCGGCAGGGGUGCCGGACACCACCAAAUUCCUCAAGGAGUAUGAUUUUAUUGUUAUUGGGGCCGGUUCCGGUGGCUCGGUGAUGGCCAACCGACUCAGCGAAAAUCCCGAUUGGAAUGUGCUGCUGCUGGAAGCCGGCAAAGAAGAAAAUCUGGUGGUAAAUGUCCCACUAACGGCAGGACUCACCACAGCUACGGGAUACAGCUGGGGAUACCGUUCUGAGCCGAUGAAGAACGCCUGUAAGGGAUUGGAGGAUGGUAGAUGCUACUGGCCGAAGGGAAGAGGUCUGGGUGGGACCAGCUUGAUAAAUUUCCUUUUGUACGGUCGUGGUCACCAGCGUGAUUACGACGAAUGGGAACAAGCUGGGAAUUACGGGUGGAGUUACAAAGAUGUGCUGAAGUACUUCGAAAAGGGCGAAAUCAUCAAAGGUGGAAAGCCAAAUCCAGAGGGAUAUCUGCACAUUGAACAGAGCUCCUUCGAAACUCCAAUGUUGAGACGAUACAUUGAGGCGGGUAAAAAUUUUGGCUACAAAGAGAUCGAUCCGAACGCAGGAGUUCAACUAGGGUUCUUCAAGACGUUGGCUACCAUGCAUAAUGGCGAGAGAUGCAGUGCAUCAAGGGCGUAUCUUCGGCCUGUAGCUCACCGGCGAAAUCUUCACAUUGCGAUGAAAGCUUGGGCCACGAAGAUCCUCAUUGACCCAAUCACCAAGACAGCGACGGGUGUAGAGUUUCUGAAGAACAAAAAACGUUACCAGAUAAAAGUUUCCAAAGAAGUAAUUUUGUCAGCAGGUGCCAUUGCUUCGCCGCAGCUUCUCAUGCUCUCUGGAAUUGGACCCCGUGAUCAUCUAGAGUCGUUCGGAAUACCCGUUAUUCAAGACUUGAAAGUUGGAUACAAUCUACAAGAUCACACUACUCUUUCCGGGUUAGUCUUUACCGUGAACAAAUCGGUGACCAUCAGAGAAAGGGAUAUGCGAAGACCCGAGCACUUCUUGAACUACCUUUUCAACCGCAAAGGACCUUUCACUGUUCCGGGUGGAGCAGAAGGAAUAGCCUUCGUUAAAACACCAGACUCUGAUCUACCCGCCGAUUACCCCGAUGUGGAACUGGUCCUUGGGACUGGAGCCGUAAAUAAUGACGAAUCCGGUUCACUUCGACACACUUUUGGUAUGACGAAAGAAUUCUACAGAAAAUCCUAUGGUCCAGCUCAGGGAAAGCACGCUUUCGGAAUAGCUCCAGUACUGAUGAGACCUCGAAGCCGAGGUCGGUUGUAUCUCAAAAGCACGAAUCCUUUCCAAUGGCCUCGAAUGGAGGGAAAUUUCUACGAUCAUCCCAAGGAUAUGUCAACGAUGCUGGAGGGAAUCAAACUAGCUGUGGCUCUAGCGGAAUCUGAAAGCUUCGCUCCGUACGGCGCCAAGCUAUUGGAAAUUCCUUUUUACGGCUGCAGGAAUGUAACGUUCCGGUCGGACGAUUACUGGAGAUGCUGUAUCAGAACGGUCGGAGCCAGUAUUCAACAUCAGUCUGGCACCUGUAAAAUGGGCCCGGCCAGUGAUCCCGAGGCGGUGGUCAAUCCGGAGCUGCAGGUCCACGGCGUUCGCAAUCUGCGAGUUGUGGAUGCUUCGGUGAUGCCGUUCCUGCCGGCUGCUCACACAAAUGGGGUUGUUUACAUGAUCGGGGAAAAAACGGCCGAUAUGGUGAAAAAGUUUUGGGCUAACAAUAUUGAAUAGUUAUUGGCAUUAUUUUUAAAAAUAUUAUUAAGGAUGAAUUUUCGUUUCAAUGAAGAAGCGGUGCUUGAAUUGUGAUUGCGAUCAAAGAG